UUCAAGCUUGUCGGUUUUCUGGGCCAUUACAAAGGUUUACAAAAAUGUGUCUGACUUAUUUAUAUCAUAGGCACAUUCAUUUAUCACCAAUGAUUGGAAGUUGUGUGCAUAUAUGACUCCACAGCCUGAUGGAGGCGCUAUAAUCAAUGGUCAGCUUUGAAAAGUCAUAACUCCUUGUACAGAUUUAAAUUAAACAUGCUACUCUAUGAAUUUGCCUCAAGAACAACUAAAGUCCACCGGAGUAAAUAUUCCCCAUGUUGUGGUAACUCAUCAACAUAGAAUCUAUAUCUGACUUCUGUUUCUCAACCUGAUAUUCCCCAAAAUCUUUUGCAUAAAGCGGAGACAGCAGCACCAGCCUGUCGUGACAUCUUGGCCUCGUCUGAAAGAAGGAGUCGCCGUCUGGAGGGAGAAACGUGACGUGGUGCACUGAACCGCGAUUACCUCACUGACCUCCUUUAUUCAACAGCCACAUUACAUCUACUGUGUGUAAUGUCCCUCGUGUCCGGAACACUGUAUCCUUAUUCCAACAGUGAUGCUAAAAUUAAUUCACAAUAGAAAUAAGAUCCCAUCAGUAUGCUGCUGACAUUUAGGACAUGAUUGAAAAGAAGAAGAAAAAACAAUUCGAACAUAAUACCGACGCAUCACUUGCAUCAUGUGUUCUUCUUGAAGACGUUCUGUGAGAGAGCCUACGAUCAUAUUACUGUCACAGUAAAGCCUUGUUCUCCACCUGUCCAUCACUUUCUAGGCUGUGGGUGUAUUGAGUCACAGUAUCAUGCCGAUGGCAGUUAUUCUACACUAAUCCUGGUGACUUAUACUUUUCAUUCAGCGACAUUUACCGCAGGGCCUCGUCAGCCUGGCUGACAACUCAAUUGUUAUCUACAGUAACUCAAUAGUCAAAUUCAACUGGUGAGCUCUCACCUCUGUCCUCCUCCAAUGAGUGACCGUGACACGAGCGCGGUAUCACGGGAUACCUUGGUUACUAAAAUUGACUUAUCAUACUGUGUCAAUUUGCUUAUCUACGGUAUUGGAGAAAACUGGCGUGAGUGUGUGUUCAAGGUACAGUAUGUGUAUAUUGUUCAUAAUAUACCAAGCAAACAUAUGACCGUGUAACAUUUCAUUAGUCAUACUCAUACCCAGUGUUGGGCAAGUUACUGAAAAUUAGUAAUUAGUUACAGUUACUAGUUACUUCUUUUAAAAGUAAUUUAAUUACUUUACUAGUUACUGUAUAUCAAAAGUAAUUAGUUACUAGGGAAAGUAACUAAAGUUACUUUUAUGUCUGCUUUUUUUAAUGUAAUGAACAGUACUGAACAGUCAAACAUAAUAAACAUAUUUUGUAGACCUAUUUAUUGCAAUCAACUGGGCAACAGGCCUUCAAAUCAAGCAGUAAUACAAAAGUCCAUUUUAAUUCUUAACUUUAUACAAAAUAACUGUCUCUGAUGUGGAUAGGGUCUUUGCACCUGCACAUAAUUUACAACUCACCACUACAUUUUUGUCUUUAAUUUCGACGAGCGAAAAGUAAUGUCCAUACUUCCAGGAGAGAAAGCUCAUUCUAUCCGCACUGUCGGCCAUGAUGUGGUUUAAUGCUCAUUGAUUGAUUCGGUUAGUGUAUAUUGUAGCGACCCUGUGAAGUGGCUGUCAAUCACAGUGUGGCACCGUGCAUACUGGUCGAGGGGGCGUGCCUGUGAUUGGCGGAGUAGAGGGGAGGCGGGGUUAACCUGCCGGAAAACGGGAGUUAAGGUUGGUUGACGGGAACCGUUGUUGUUGACGUUCGAGCUGCUGAGCUGAGAGGAGCACGCUGUCUGUAACAUAUAAAUCCGCAUCAUGUAAACACACUGUGUUGGUGGAUGCCCAAUAAAGUGAGGAUUAAUAACGUCGUCCCGUCUCCGUGUCGUCAGUCCAUAACGUCCGAGACGUUACAAUAUCAUUGCGCCACCAAGGUCCUGCGAUGUCAGAUCAGAAUCAGCUAAAGUAGCCUAGCUUGUCUUCUUGUCUGCAAGUGUUCAUUUUUCACAAAAGAGAGUAACGCGAGUAACGAACUCAUUUACAUUUCAGUAAUUGUAACUGCGUUAGUUGAGUUAAAAAAAUACUUCGUUACAUGCUCGUUACCGCUAAAUGUAGUGGAAUUACAGUAACACCAUUUAGUAACUGGCAGAUUAGUCAUGCUGUGUAUCAUAACUUUGGAUAUUUAAACUUCCUGAAACUGAAUGUGUUUGAUUUACUCUGGGUCACUUAAAAGAUCUUUUUUAAAUAAAUAAAAAAAAGCAUACAACAAUAAUACAAAAAUAGAAGUUGUUGCUAAAUUGAAUACAUUUCUGAAAUUGAGGAGACAGAGAAACAAUAGCACGGAACAAAAGAGCAUAAAAACACUAACUUUACCCUGAUAAACAACAUCAAAUACUUAGAAUGGGGGACACCUUUUGAUUAAAUAUGACUUGAUCAUCUGUUGAAGUGAAUACAGAUGGAUAAUCUUCAUAAAUCCUUUGCCAAAAGUCAGUAUCUAAACAAUGCUAUUUCUAGUGAUCGAGGGAAACUUCUAUUAUAAUGAAAAUAGUGUGCUUGUUUUUCUGAUUCUCAUUAUUUUUAGUUACAGAUCAAGUUCUUGCACAUCCCAUCAGACAAACUGGAGGAAACCUGAACUUCCUGAGCAGAGCGGCACAAGGAGCUUUGCAGUGUGGUGUCUUCUAGCAUCAGACCUUCAUUUCUUUGCCACUGCAUUGGAAACCUGUAAGACAGCCUGGUUCGAUGAGCGCAAUGUUUCCAGCAACGGAGACUCUGAGCUUCUGAGUGACUUGAGAAGGAAGCACUGGACCAAGAUCUGCUCCAAUCCGGUGGACAUGGAGGCUCACACAGUUUCUGGAGUCAAGUCGCAGCACACCGGGAACACCUUCCGCACUGACAGUGCAUCAGAGGGCCUCAUAUGCCUUAACUCAGAGCAGAAAGUGAGGCCGUGCUACGAUUACAAGGUCAUGUUCACCUGCACGGGACAGUUCUGCUCAGAGUGUAGGACGCGCUGGUUUGAUCAUGAUGACCCAACAGGAAACGGAGACUUUGAGGUCUUCAGUGACCUCCGAAGCAUAUACCCGAGAGAAAUCUGCCCUCAGCCAAUAGCCAUCGAGGUCCAGACCAUCUCUGGGGAACCUGCCUCCUCCACCUCCAAUACUUUUUUAAAUUAUGAUGCGACCUAUGGGUUCGCUUGUGUAAAUGCAGAUCAGGGGAGCAAGAGUUGUGAAGAUUACAAAGUCAGAUUUACAUGUCCGAAUGAGUUCUGUCAAGUGUCAGAGCAGUGUCGAACACAGUGGCUGAACAGUGACGCCCCGUCAGAGGAGGGGGAUGUGGAAUCCAUAGUUCAGCUACUGAAAACUUUCCCGGGUCAAGUCUGUAGGAACCCAAUCAGCAUUGAGGCCAAGUCAACAAGGGGAAUCUCUGCUGAACACACCGGAGACACCUUCCUCUCCUACGAUGUUACGUUUGGAUUUGCAUGCAUAAAUGGAAAACAGAGCGGUAAACAAUGUCAGGAUUAUCAGGUGAUACUGACCUGUCCCUCAGAUUUCUGUCAGGGCUGCAGGACACGCUGGUUCAACAUGGACAACCCCACAUCGCGAGGGGACUAUGAAACCCUCCUCCAGCUGCAGAUGUUGUAUCCCAGUAAGGUCUGCUCCAAGCCUGUGGCUAUUGAAGCCAUGACAGUGUCCGGUGUCCCUGCGCACAAGACCGGUGACGUCUUUCAGAUAUAUGACGCAAGUCUUGGCUUUGCCUGUGUGAAUGCUGAGCAACCAGGUGGAAAACGCUGUCAAGACUAUAAGGUCCGCCUCACAUGCCCGCUGGCUUUCUGCACAGCGUAGCCCAUCAGCACAAAAAGUGUAAUGACUGAAAAGCCAACAUAAUAUGUGAUCAAAUAUCAUAUUAAAUAUUUGUUGCUGUAUAGUGUGUUGUGCCGCCACUCUUUAUUUAGUCAGACCAUUUAGUCUUAUUCUAAAUAUCCUAGUGUCUCAUGCAGGAUUUGAAUAAGAGAGCAAGCGGAGACACAAGGAUGUGAGAUCCAUAUAUUUUUUUAUUAAAGGGUAAACCCAUUCGUCAAGUA